AUGGAAGCACGCAUGCAGUACUCCGAACCAAGCGGAAAAGCAACGCCCGGGUUGCAAUCCAUACGGGCAGAUCAUAGGCUAAUACCGCUGCGCGGCGGCUUCACAUCGCCCUACAACGACGAGCGACGCGACAAGCGCCAGAGCCUCGCUGAUCCAUUCGCGGACCCGUUUGGCGACUCGGAGCAGUCAAAAACAGAGAAGGAGCGCGAGGACGCGGACACACUUAUGGCAGAGAUCCAGCAGAUCAUAGAGUACAACGUUUGUGAUGACGAGCCGGAGGCGGGCGAGGGGCCAUUUGUUGUUGGUGAUAGUGAUGAGGAGGACGUCGGGUCUUUGAGCGAAUGUAGCGUUUAG